AUGCCUGCUUCGACGAUGGAGGGUCCAGUUGUGGCUCUAUCAUUCGCAAACAACUUUUGGGGCAAGGAAGAUGCAGGCGUGGGGCCCCUUCUCGACCGCAUGCACGCAGCCAAGCAGACAUGCGAUGAGUUGAAAUACUUCUACAGUGCUCGCGCCUCGAUUGAAGAAGAAUAUUCUCGAAAGUUGCUAUCCCUAUGUCGCAAGUCCUUAGGCUCCCAGGAGACGGGAAGUCUGAAGACUUCCCUUGAUACGGUUAGAGGUGAAGUUGAAUCGAUGGCAAAGCAGCACCAGAAUAUUGCCGCGCAGAUGAAAACCGAACUGGAGGAGCCACUUGCAGCCUUCGCUGGUGGUAUGAAAGAGAGGAGAAAGAUUGUUCAGAACGGCAUAGAGAAGAUUCUCAAGACCAAGAUACAACAGACGCAGCACGUCAACAAAACCCGAGACCGCUUUGAGCAGGAGUGCCUCAAGAUCAAAGGUUACCUGGCUCAAGGUCACAUGGUCAUGGGCCAAGAGGAGCGAAAGAACAAAGCAAAGUUAGAGAAGACGCAAAUUAGCGUUGCAACCUCGAACACCGAGUAUGAAAAUGCGGUGAAGGCCCUCGAGGACACCACGACGAGAUGGAACCGCGAGUGGAAAGCAGCGGCAGACAAGUUUCAAGAUCUAGAAGAAGAACGGCUUGACUUUACAAAAAGUAGUUUGUGGACAUUCGCCAACAUAUCUUCCACGGUUUGUGUCAGCGACGAUGCCUCGUGCGAGAAGAUUCGACUCUCGCUGGAAAAGAUGGAUGUUGAGACAGACAUUGUCAGCUUUAUCAAGGAGCGGGGAACUGGCCAAGAGAUCCCCGAUCCACCAAAGUAUAUCAAUUUCUGCCGAGGUGACGUUAAUGAUACGCAGUCAGAAUCUUCUGAUGACGACAAUUAUUCCGUUGCACAGUUCCCGAGGAGUAUCAACCCGGCGUUUCGGACAUCUUCGCCGCAGCCGUCAACUUAUGAGUCACACCAUGAUCCGAACUCAAGCCUUGCACAGGAUCUAGGUCACAAGGAACCAGUGCCGACAGCUACUAGGAAUGGCUUUCCCGACAUGGGACGGAAAGAUACAAGCCCUGCCUCUACGAGACAGUUGGUGCUGGAGACAGGUCGUAAAGCAAGCCCUUCUCGAGACUUGGUACCGGAUACCAGGCUAAAAGAUGCAGGCUCUCCUUCCAGGAGCUUUGCACCGGAUCUUUCUCACAAAGAUGUCAGCCUCUCAUCUAGAAACUACUCCCAAGAAGCUUCUCCCAGAGAUGUCAUGCCCCUUGCUACCAGGGAGUCUUCGAACCUUACACAGAGAAUGCCACCACCUGUCGAAAAGCCACGCCAAACUGCUCCUGUUGCCCACCAAAUGUCUCAGCAGACCCGGCUUCCCCUCGAUGUCACCCAGCAUGGCCCUUUCCCGUCAAUCCCACAUGAGCCAUACCCUCUUGAAGGUAUGACAAUGUUGUGCCGUACCGGGCCUUCUUCGGAGCGUAGUUCACAUCCUCCGUCAGUCCGGCCAUCGAGUCGCGAUUCUCAGAGCGACUAUUCGAACCCAACCUCACUCUCAAGUCAAGGGCCUUCGAGCGGCAAAGUGUCGCCGAUUAAGCAAGAACAGACAAGCGCUCAGGUGUCAUCUUCUGAUCAACAGGUCUUAAAGAAAAAGAGCGGCUUCUUCCAGAACCAUAGUCCGUUCCGUCGAAAGAGCGUCAAAGAAAUACAAACACCACCUACCAAUAGAAACACCUGGCAUCCCGUAUCAGCUCAAGGGAGUCCAUCUCGGCGACCUCAAUUGUACAAUCAGGACACUCCGAACCUGCUAUCGGACAGGCCAACCAUAAGCCCUGAGCCAAUUGACGCAAACGCUAGUUUGGCGUUGAAUGUAGGGCGCAAUGUCUUCUCGGUCACUACUCCGGACCUAGAAAAGCGAAAGGGUUCUAAUAUCCAGUCUGCCGAGCAAGAAACGGACCCGAUCGCUUUGGCCCUCGCCGAGCUCAAGGGCGUCGGUGUAGGCAAGCAAUCCAGUAUCCGCGUCUCAGCCGACCGCUAUCAUGGCAUCGCAACACCUACGCCAGGCUCGCAGCCCUUUUCAAGGUCGGUUCCUCCAGCUGUUACGAAUAAUACCGUAGCUGCAGCGCUUCGAGGGACGCCGCCUCCUUCUUAUGAUCAGCAAGUUGUCCAGAGGCUCGGCGUCCCCCCACAAGCUGUAACGGCCAAGGCUAUGAAGGAAACCUCACAAAAGUUCGCUGACCAAACCCGCACCAUGUUUAACCCAGUAGCCCGUCCAGGGACUGGAUAUGCUGGAUCACCUACCUCUCGGCCCAUGACAAGAGGGAGUGAUGUUCCUCGGGCAGCUUCACCAGCUCCACUUCGCAGCGCCUCCCCAAGACCUGUAGCAACUGAGGAUUCUCGAAACAGCUAUAGAAGUUCACCACGCAGCGGUUCUCCAAGAGUCCCGGCAAGCGAUGAUGUCCGAAGCGGCUAUCGGUCUGCGUCGCCCAACCCUCAUAGUCCUCUUGGGCGAGGCCCAUCUCAGAUGUCACAGAUGAGCAGCACACCCAGAAGAGGCUCGGAGAAACCGUAUUACCGCCAGAACUCGCCAAGCAAUAUUUCUAGAACGGCGUCGCCGGCAUCCUAUAGAGAACAGACGCGCCCAAGCAGCAGUCAUACUCAGAAUGACAUGGCGGUCCAACUGGCGCCUGUGGGGGAUGACAGCUACGGGUCGGUGCGCGGGCGAGCUGGUAGCCGACCAGGAACAAGCUUGAGCAACCGAGCUAUGGGUCUGUACGAAGGCGGCGGACCACCGGGCCAAGGCGAAUCAAGACAGCGAAGUAAAAGUGUGGCUGACCCCUCGCGACAGUACACGCGUGAUGGCCGACCAAUCCUGCACUUCGCAAGGGCUUUAUACAUGUACCAGGCCGCUAUCCCGGAGGAACUGGGCUUCUCCAAGGGUGACCUUCUUGCGGUGUUACGGCAUCAGGACGACGGGUGGUGGGAAGCUGAAGUACACGGAAGCAACGGACAAAUUGGGCUGGUCCCAAGUAACUACCUUCAGCCUUGCUAA